UUGAGUUUAAUCAUGAGACUCUUUGGCAAUCCUUUACCUUUCCAAAACAACGGUACAUCACAAUUAGCCUCACCUGUGUACGAGGACGGAAAAGUGGUUCAAAUUUGUAGAAGUGAACUGGAAUGUUUCUGUCACCAUGCGAGAGAAGAAAGCUUUGAGGAAAUAGGACUUCUUUGUUACACCAGGGUGCUCUUUAGUUGUUAAUCUCUACUACUUUGCAGUGGGAUGGAUUCAAUGAGCAGAUUUUCUCGUUCUUGUUCGUGCUGAAGGACACCCCUUAGAACAAAGCAAGGUUUGACAAUUCAAGAGUUUUUGUCUGACUAAAGAUCUGGGGUUGUGUAUCAUCUAUCUGUCUUCUUCACAGGCGAGGACAUUUUAAAGAUUGAACGAUGGCUUUGAUGGUUGUAAAGUUUGACCUUAAAAAGCGGGUAAAGCUUGCUCAGACUGUCUGGUUCAUGUACUGGUUUGCUGUACUUGCUGGCAUCCUGGUUCUCAGUUUGGGCUUAUUUUUCAAGAUAGAGCUGCGAAAGCGCUCAGAACUCAUGGAUAACAACGAGAGCCACUUCUUGCCUAACUUGCUUAUAAUCAUGGGGCUUAUUGCCUGUUGUAUCAACGCCUUCGGAGGGAAAGUCUGCUACGACUCCUUGGACCCGAUCAAGUUUGCCAAGUGGAAGUCCCUAUUGAAGACCUUCUUGGUGUUCUGCAUGGGCUUCAACGUCCUACUGCUUGUCACUUCCCUGCUGUGUUUCGUGAUGAGGAUCCCUCUGCAGUUUACCCUGGCCGAGGGCCUGAAAAACGGCAUGCGGUUCUACAAGGACACAGACACACCGGGGCGCUGCUACAUGAAGAGGACCCUGGACCUGAUGCAGAUGGAGUUCCGCUGCUGUGGGAACGACAACUUCAGAGAUUGGUUUGAGAUUCAGUGGGUUAGCAAUCGCUACCUGGACUUCAGCGCUAAGGAAGUCAAAGAUCGCAUUGGGAGCAAUGUGGACGGCCAGUACCUGAUGGAUGGAGUGCCAUUCAGCUGCUGCAAUCCCAGCUCCCCCAGACCCUGCAUCCAACACCAAAUGACCAACAAUACAGCUCACUACAGUUACGAUCACUACACAGAGGAGCUCAAUGUGUGGAGGCGUGGCUGCCGCGACGCUUUGCUGUCGUACUACGGAGGCAUCAUGAACACCAUCGGAGCACUGGUAGUGCUGGUUGCCAUGCUGGAGGUUGCUGUCACCAUUGGCUUGCAGUACGUCGACAGCUCCCUGUCCACUCUGGCGAACCCGGAGGACAUUGAGAGCGAAAGCGAGGGCUUUCUCCUGGAGAAGACGGUGAAGGAGACGUUCACUGACGUCAUGGCCAAAAUGAAAGCCAUGGGCAAAGGCGGCAAGGUGGAGGAAGGGGGUGAGGAAGGGGGUGUUGCAACUGUGAGCUGAGUGAACCAGAACUGCAAAAACUGUGAAGACUGCAACCAGAAAAAGAGAGACGUGUUGUCACUGCUGUUUUUUUCUACCACCAUUUACUUUGUAGGCACUAUCAUCUCACACAAAUAUGAUCAUCUCCUUUUAAGUGGACCUCUAACAAAUGGAAUUCUUAAGUAAUUUUUUCUGUGUAUCCCUUCAAAUAAAUAUAAUGAUUGCAGUGAUUACCGACAGUUAAGUUAGACUUAUUUCUAUGAAACAACUUACUUCAGAUCAGAUAUGAAUGUUUUUCCAAAAAAGAAUGGAAAGAACAAAUCAGCUAAAUGUUUAUUGAUAACAUGUUGUCUAAGAUAUUUUACAAUCACCAUGAAUUCUGUACAUUAUUUUUGUAUUGCCUGUCACAUAGCUUUGUGGGGAUGAUGGCUGCUAUGCAAUUCUCCCUCUCUUGGAGGCCAAAAGUGCAGAUAUUUACAUCCCAUUAAACACAGUGUUGAAUUUUCUGACCUGUCUGUAAUGUGGUUUGUAGCUGAUAUUGUGUAUAGUCAAACUGAACAGAUUAACUCACAGUUACCCAAACUCAGCUCUUUUCAUACUCCAGUCUACCUUUGACGCCCGGCUAAGCCCCCGAGAAGGAGUAAACUUCUGAAUUGAGUCAGCAUGAAUUAUGUAUGAAUGUUGCAGCACAUGACUGAAUGGGGAGGCUUGGGAAUCAGGAGGUGCCCCCUGGAGAGAAGAAGGGGGCAAUUCCAAACAUGUGGAGGAAAUUGGCAGCUAAAUCUGGGCUCUGACCCCUGUCUGUAAUCUUUGCCACUUCCCCUUUGCAUUCGGUAUCUUUUCAUUGAUGCAUACAGUACGUAUGUAUAUGUAUGUUUGUAUAUUCUAAGAAACUUGGUCUUUGUACAUAGUGUAGAAAAUAAUUCUACUUUUUUAAAAUAAUGUAAUUAAGCUAAAUCUUUUAUUUAAAUCCAUGUGAAGUUUUUUUUUUUUUUUCCAAAUGAUGCUUUCAGCUUUAUGUAUUAGUGUGGGAAAAAAAU